CAUGUUAGCCUCCUGACCAGCAGGCGGAGUCGCGGUUUGGGGCUUCGGCUCUUCCUGUCUAAAGAUGGCUGAAGUUGAUAACGAUGGUGAGCAUAAAACAUCUGACAAAGACGAUUUGCAAGUAUUAAAGGAACUUGUAGAUGGACUUUAUCACUUUAGGGAUCACUAUUUUGAGACGCAUAGUGUGGAAGAUGCCCAUAGAAAACAGAAUGAUGUUGCCCAAGAGAUGAAUAAGACACUAAAGAAGCUGGAGGAGAAGGAAGAUCUCUACAAAAACAGCGCUCAGUUUUUGCUCCUGCGGGGCCGAUGUCUGAACAUAGCUCCACAGUUCAGUCAGGCAGCAGAAGAGAACCUCUCAAAGGCAGUAAAACUGGAGCCAGGCCUGGUGGAGGCGUGGAAUACGCUAGGCGAGCAGUACUGGAAGAAAGGUGACCUGAUUGCUGCAAAGACCUGUUUUACUGGAGCGCAACAGCAGAGUAAAAAUAAAGUGUCUUUGCGAAACCUCUCCAUGGUGCUGAGGCAGUUGCCUCCAGAAGGAGGCGCUCAGGAGCAAGGCAAGCGUAUCAUGGAGAGUGUGGAUUUGGCUAGGCAGGCUGUGCAGCUGGAUGUCACAGAUGGAACAUCCUGGUACAUCUUAGGGAAUGCAUACAUCUCCUUGUUCUUCAGCAGUGGACAAAAUCCUCAGAUGUCUCAGCAAGCUCUUAGUGCCUAUUCGCAAGCUGAGAAAAUUGACAAAGCAUCUGCCUUAAAUGCUGAUCUGCACUUCAAUCGUGCCACACUGUUCCAGUAUGAGGAAAUGUUCAGUUCAGCUUUGGCUGGAUACAGUCGAGCUGCAGCUCUUGACCCCGGCUGGGAGGAACCUACUGAAAGAGAGAAGCUUUUGCUGAAAUACUUAGACCAAGUAACUGGUCUAAUGGAGAAUAAGGGGAAAGUAAAAGCACGGCGCCUGCGUAACAUGCUCUCCUCCCUGAGCGUGUCGGCUUUGGGUCCUUGUGCCUCGCCUCAGUAUUGCUCCCCGACAGGCCGCACUGGAAGCCUGGAGCUCCGCAGUUUUGCUGCUCUUGCACACGGCCACAAUACUGGUGUUGCAGCCAUGGGAAAGGUCGUCUUCAGUCUGGCUAUGGAGGGCCGCAUGGCCUUUACAUUUGGGAUGGUGGACAGCGAGGAGACAUGCUGUGUGGUCAUGGUUUAUAACAUAGCUGACGGCUGGGGUGUGUUAAUCGGAGACACAGUAGUUAUUCCUGAACCACAAGUGAAACGGCACAGCAUAACACACAGUGAUAAGUCUUAUGAUUUCCGCAGUAUACGUGUGGACACUCCUCUACUGCUUAUUGUGAAUGGAAAGAGACAAGCGAUGCAAAGCCAAACAGCAACUUCAGUCAGUUACAAACCGCACUCCGAAUGAGCGAGUGCA